GCUACGCUGUUGUCGUCUUUUGUGAAGUUUUCCAAGUGACAGCUGAUUAGAAGAUAGAUUGUGUUUUAUCUUAGCAGAUGAGAAGAUAGUGUUCUACCUUAGAUAAGAAGAAAGUGUUGUGUCUUGAACGAGUGACCUUACUCAACUGUGCAGUGUGAUAGGAACGAAUGUCUACGCUCUCUCUCUCACUCCACCAUGGAUUUCAUAUCGAAGCUGUUGCAUAUUGGGCCUACGGGUGGUGAACGAUCUCAAGCACCUAGCCAGAGUGGUAAAGGAUUGAGGAAUCCCCCGGAGAAAGCUUCUGGUGUACAGUCACCGGCAUCGAAAAAUCUUGAAAAAUCAGUCAGCAAGCAGACUCUUUCGUCUGACUCUUGCAGCUUCAACUCGGCUCUGCAGUCUUCAGAUACCGCCACCGCCGAUUAUGACAGUGCCGGCGAAAAUGAGUUCGUUUUAGCGCCGGAACCCCUGAACGUGACCCCCCUGGCACACUGUUUGGACGACCUGCACAUUGGCACCCCGCAAUUGGCGUCGCACUCGCCCCACGACUGCUCUCUGUUUGCUGUCAAGUUCACAAAAUUGUCGCCUGUUGAUUCUGAAGACGUGAACAGUGAAGCCGACUUGUCUACGGUCGAAAGCGAACAAGAAGAAAACUCGCUGAGCGGGAUUUUGAAUCUUUCGGAAGUUAGUAAUGAUAAUACAACUGUAGGAAGUGUUACUCCUCGUGACAUCAGAGCGUCUGUUGAGAAUUUCAGAAAUGCUUGUUGGUCAGCUGUUCGAAACACUGAGGAACUGCUAGAGGAUCCUUUCAAUGUGAUCAAGUCUCAUUUGCAAGCAGAGGGUCGUCUCAAUGAUACAUCUCUACCUCUGAAUGAUACACAUCUACUUGUCAAUGAUACAUCUCUACCUCUGAAUGAUACACAUCUACCUGUCAAUGAUACAUCUCUACCUGUGAAUUAUACAUCUCUACCUGUGAAUGAUACAUCUCUACCUGUCAAUGAUACAUCUCUACCUGCCAAUGAUACAUCUCGACCUCUGAAUGAUACAUCUCUACCUGUCAAUGAUACAUCUCUACCUUUGAACAACAUUAGCUCGUUCAGUGGAAUUUCUGGUCUGUCCAGUGGUGUCAGCUAUGAAGAGAUAUCCAUAACCGGAAUUACGCCUCUAGGAUUUCUAGCUGCUGCAGAGAAUUUCGAAAAUAGUCAAAGGGUUGCUGGAGGUCUAUGCAUUGAGGACUAUUUCUCCGACGAGAAUUUGAUUGAAGAUCAGUUACGUCCUGAAGAUAUAGGUGAGGUUGAUGUGAGAGUUGUAGAUGAGAAAAGAUCAACUGGGGCUGAUGUGAGAGAGUUGGUUGGGAACAGAUCUUUCGUGAAAGAAGUUUCAGGUGAGAAGGUUCAUAGUCCUAUUGGGUCUACUGCUUCAAAUUUAACUGAGCUUCAGGAGAAAGGGAACAAAUCGUUAGUGAAAGAAGAAGUUUCAAGUGAGGAGGUUCAGAGUCUUAUUGGGUCUACUGCUUCAAAUGCAACUGAGCUUCAUGAGAAAGGAAACAAAUCAUUAGUGAAAGAAGUUUUAGUUGAGGAAGUUCACAGUACUCUAGGAUCUACUGGUUCAAAUGUAACAGCGGUUGAUGUAAACGGUUUAAUUGAAAACAAACCUGAAGUAGAAGAAGUUUCAAGUGAAGAGUUGAAUACUUCCCAGGGAACUUCUGUUGAAAAAACUCUUGCCGUUGGGUCUUCAAAUGCAUCACUUCCUCUUGAAUCGAAUGCUGAGACUAAUUUAUCUGUGAAUGGGACAGUUUUCAUUGAAGAUAAAUCUCCUGAAGCUGCUAAUGUAACGUUUGAUACUUCCUUGAAAUCUACCUCUGAGAAUACUGUAACUGAGUUGGAUGAUAAAGAUUUAAUUGAAGGUAAAUCUCCUGUAAAAGAAGCUGUGAUUAAGAAUUUGAAUAAUUCCCUGGGAUCUACUGUUGCUGGUGAAAAUGUUUCUGAUGAGAAAUGUCUGAUCGAAAAUCAGAAAUCGUCAACGAAAAAAGUUCCAGGUGAAGAUUGCAAUAGUCCCCAGAAAAACUCCGUCCAAAACGUUGCCAAUUCUCCAUUGAUUGAGACCAAAUCUCUAGCUUUAAAACAACUGGUUGUUGAUUGUGAGUCUUCCACUUCUCCAGCGAUCUCUGAAUCACUGCAGAAAAAAGUUGAAGUAGAAAUUGUUGAAAAAUUGUCCCAGGAAGGUACAUCUCUACCUGUCAAUGAUACAUCUCUACCUCUCAAUGAUACAUCUCUACCUGUCAAUGAUACAUCUCUACCUGUCAAUGAUACAUCUCUACCUCUGAAUGAUACAUCUCUACCUGUCAAUGAUACAUCUCGACCUCUGGGUGAUACAGUAUUGAGCUACAGAGAAGAAUCGGCCAACACAGUUGAAAAUUUGAAUAAAAGUUUGGAACCAACAGUGCAACAGGAGACUGACUCGUGCAAUAAUCCUUCAAUUAUUCCUGUUGAAGCUGCGAUCGUUUCUAGUGUGAUUGGAAAGUUUUCUAGCCUAGAUCUUGAUGAGAAGAUUGAGGGAACUGAAGCGAAGUUAGAAUCUUUUGAGCGAAGUCUUGGUGUUUUUACAGCCCCCUCUGUCCCUCUCAGCUCUGUAGAUGACACAAAUUUGCUGCAGUCUGUGAAAGAAGUAACAGUUGAAAGUGAUUCAGAUUUGUCAACUGCUUCGCCAUUAAAAAAAUCUGAAGAUUUGAAAGUUGAUGCUGCCAUCUUGAAGGUAACUUCACCCUCCGACUUUGACAGUAAUGUUGAUUCUCCAGCAAACGUUUCAAUCUCUAAAGAGCUCUCUGUAGCAAUAACUAACGAUUUGACUGAAACUGUCAUCAGCGAUCUCUUGGCUACCACCGAUAAUUUCAGUUCUCUAGAGUUGAAAACUUCUGAAGCUGAAGUUGUUGAAACUAUUUCAAAGACUGAUGAAAUAGUCGCUACAAACUUGAACACAAGCAUUGAAGCUUCAGCAAGUUGUGAUACUUAUUUGAAUGCUGAGAUUGUCGCUUCAACAAAUCCCGAUAAAGAAUUGAGUGUCAAUGUUGUCGCUUCUCCAAAUCUCGAUAAAAAAUUGAGUGUCAAUGUUGUCGCUUCUCCAAAUCUCGAUAAAAAAUUGAGUGUCAAUGUUGUCGCUUCGCCAAAUCUUGAUACAAAAUUAAGCUCAAGUAUUGUUGAAUCUAAAGCUGACCUACAAUCUCCAGUUAUCAAAAAACUCAAUCAAGAAUCCAUUGUUGGAAACAGAGAGGAUCAAAAGGUUGAACUGAACGCGUCUUUGAGUUCUCUCGACGAAUCUCUCCCCUUGCUAGAUGCAAUCGACGAAUCUUUUGAGGCCCGUACUGAAGCAACAUUCGAAAAUUUCGAUACAGGUUUGAAGAGCUGUGUGAAUGAGUCUGUUUCGACCAAGUUUUGUGUUGCGAAUUUGAAUAAUUCUACGGAUUCUAACGAGGUUUUCCAGAAAUCUGAAGGCGUAUUUGAUAAAUCUAUCGAUUCUAAGGAGACUCUCAAGAAUUCUAAAGGCGUACUCGAUAAUUCUAACAAGGUUUUCAAGAAAUCUGAUUGUGUACUUGAUAGAGAAUCACCAAAAGAAGUUGGGACAGUUGUGUUUGAAGACUGUGUGAACCAAACUUCAUUAAAUGCAAAUCUGAAUACUUCUGCUGAACUUAUCAAGAAAUCUGAAGAAGCUCGUGAUAAUUCUACCGAUUCUAACGAGGCUUUCAAGAAAUCUGAAGAGGUACUUGAUAAUACAUCGUCCGAAGAAGUAAAAACAGUUGUGUUUGAAGGCUGUUUGAACCAAGCUCCAUUCAGUGUCCCUUUGAAUGAAAAUUUGACCAAUUCUACUGACCUUGUCCACAAAUCUGAAGAGGUACUUGAUAAUACACCAUCUAAAGAAGCUAAAUCAGAUGUCAUCGAAAACUCUGUGAAUCCAGCAUUAGUGAAAGCUGAAGGAACACCGAUUGAUGAUUUGAAAAACAAUAACACUACACCAGUGAAAUCUGAAGAUACUGCAUCGAAGUCGAUUGGUAUUACUCCUCCCAACUCAAUCAAUAAUACACCGAAAGUUGAGGGGACUUCAGUAGAUAUCAAAGGAGCAACAAAAGAUCUGAAUAAUUCUUUGUCUAGAAAAUUAGAUUACUUGUCUCAAGAAGUUGAGGGAACUUCAUUGGAUAUCAAAGCAGCAACAGGAAAUCUGAAUAAUUCUUUUUCAAGAAAAUUAGACUACUUGUCGGAGUCUCAACCUGUCGAAGCUCCUAGAGAAGGUCUAGAAAAGGAUGCUCUAGAAGAAGCUUUCAAGAAGUUGUCUCUUGAGGUUCGUGAUGAUCUGUUGAGGAAGAAUUUAGAAGCAGAGGCUUCAAAGUCGCCGAAAAAUACGUUCCAGGUUAGUGGCACUGGUUUGGAUCUAAGUUUCUCGAAGAGAUUUCAAGAGAAUGUUGUAGGGGUUGUGUCAAAAAGUGUGAGUUUGGUUUCGUCGGAUGAGAAUAAAUCAGUUGAAGGAGACAGUCAGUUGAAGAGGAGGUCAGUUGAAGAAGAGAAGCCAGUUGAAGAGAAGAAAUCAGUUGAAGAGAAGAAAUUAGUUGAAGAGAAGAAAUCAGUUGAAGAGAAGAAAUCAGUUGAUGAAGACCACCAGUUGAAAAAGACAUCAGUUGAAGAAAGGAAAUCAGUUGAAGAGAAGAAAUCAUUCGAAGAAGUCAACCAGUUGAAGGAGAGAUCAGUUGAAGAAAAUAAAUUAGUUGAAGAGAAAAAAUCAGUUGAUGAAGACAACCAGUUGAAGAAGAGUUCAGUUGAAGAGAAGAAACCAGUUGAUGAAGACCACCAGUUGAAAAAGACAUCAGUUGAAGAAAGGAAAUCAGUUGAAGAGAAGAAAUCAUUCGAAGAAGUCAACCAGUUGAAGGAGAGAUCAGUUGAAGAAAAUAAAUCAGUUUAUGUUGACAUCCAGUUGAAGAAGAGUUCAGUUGAAGAAAACCUUUCCGUAGAGGUUGUUUCAGAAACUGGUUUAUCGUCGGAGAAAUCGAAACCUGUGCCAGCUGAAUUGUUGGAGCCCAUUCAUGAGGAGACAAAGAACAAUGAGAAUUUCGGAGAGUUGAAUUUCGAUGAAAGUCUCACAGAACAGGCGCUGAAUUUGUCCAGAGAGAUUUUGAUGAGCUGCGAAGAUCAGAUGUCCGAUAAUUUCAGCGUGGAAAUGGCGGCUCCAGUGACCUCUAGUGGCCCGAAAUCGAACCGCGUCUCAGUCGAUUCUAACGGAAUUGGAAACCAUGAUGCGGACUUGGAUAAAGCGUUUGAAGGGAAAAGCGAGUCUCCAACGUUCGACUCCACAGUUAACAACAGUGAGGCCGGGCCAAUCACAGCCGAGGAGGAAUUCAACAUACCUGCUUCAGCAUUCCAGUUUGACCUUGACUCACUGCCGUGUGGCGAGAGGAACCCUCGAGUGACUCGGGCCAACCUCACUCGCAACUCGCUCUAUGUGAAGUUCGACCCGAUUGUCGGCAAGAUAUUGGCCAACACUGAGACCAAUAACAGCCCUGUGCACCUACCGCAAACGCUACAGGAAUUGGACUUGGAAAAAACCCCGAUGAAAAAUCCAGCCUUGGACGAGAAGCUGAUUUCGAUUACGCCGUACAGUGCAGUUGGGUCUGGGGAUGCCAACACGUCCAUCUCUGAACAGCUAGACAGUAGCAUCGACUCAGUCUCCAACAAAACAAUAGCAAACGCAACCUUGAACAAGACUGACCCCGAUAUUACACAGUGUGUGAAAAAUUUGUCAUUCGACGCAGAAAGCAAGCAGAGUUCAUCCAGUGUCACACCUCAAACCAAUAAACUCCAAACUAGCAAAACGACACCACGAGGAACCGUUGUAAGCCAGGAGUAUUAUUUGAAGGAACUGGAAAAACUACAAGACCUAAUGUCCAAGCAAGAGCUGGGUUAUCAGGAAGAACUGAAACGCAACACGGAAAAAAUGGAGAAACUCCAACUUGAACUAUCAACUCUCAAAAAGGAAGUGCACUCGAAAACAAAAGCUUUAUCGCAAUCCGAUGUGGUUCUGGGUGAAUACGAGAGGACGAUUUCGCAGCUGGUGGCCCAAAACGAGGCCGAUAAAAAGCAGUUCGAAGUGGUGAAAGAGAAACUGAUCCAGGAGAGAGACACAGUCACCGUUCACCUCAACAACACUGAGAUCGCCUUCAAUGAUGUCCAUCAAAAAUACGAGAGGAGUAAAACGGUUAUAGAAGACAUGAAAAAUAUCCAGGAUAAGUUGAAAGCCAGUAAUGAAGAGUUUGGAGUAUUAGUGAAAGCCCAAGAGGACCGAUACAACAAGCUCAAAACUCAUGUCGCUGCACAGCUUGAUAAAGCGAACGUGGAGAUGGAAACGAUGGUACGAACUCAUCAGGCAGAAAACGACAAACUGACUGCCAGACUCAAGCAAGCCGAGUUGGCCAUUAAAUCACUGGAGAACUCAAACGAGCAAAAAUCUAAGGAAAUCAAAGAGCUGACUCAGAUUCUGGAUGAGCUUAUUGGCAAAGUGGGAGCUGACGGAGUUUAAAUAAGAAUUUAUUUUGUUGAACAAUUUAGUGGGUUUCCCGUUCAUUUUAUUUGUUUCAACGCCUUACUAAGAAUUCAUUUUGUUGAACAAUUUUGUGGGUUUCCCGUUAAAUUUAUUUGCUUUAACACCUCACUGUAUUUGUAUAAUAUUGCAACUAACUGCAUGCCGAACUAGUCUAACUAGGGUUGAGAUGAUAGUUCACAAAUAAAUCUAUUUCAAUUUAAAUAUGGUUUCUUGAUUUUGGUAGGGUCGAAUCGUAUGAGGUGAUCAAACCACUUGAAAAUGAUUGUCAAGAAUUUAAUUAUUUAUGUUACGUCCUGAAAUUUCAAAUUUCAGUUUAAUUAUGAAGUAUGUAGUUUAAUUAUAAAAUAUAUUUCAAUUUAGUUAUGGUUUAUUUUUUGGUUGGUUUGAAUCAUAUGAGUAGGUAAUCAAAACACUUAAUAAUAACUUUUUGUGUAGUUGAGAAGUUGAUAUUAUGUACGUUCUGUGUACAGUGAAUUGUUCCAGUUCCAAUCGUAAAUUGUUCCAUCACGUGACCAGUGCAAAAUGUUCCCAUGGAACGCCGUUUCGAAAACGUUGGUUCAAGCUUUUGGCGCGCACUUAUAAAGUUGAUUUACACCAAAAUGUGUCGUUUACUAUAGUGCGGUCCACGUUAUAAUGUCAGUAUUUGAUCAACAUUGGACUUGCUAUCCUUGUUUAUCAUUCGACAAAGCAGAUAGCGCUAUACUUUUCUAGCUCCGUAACGCUACCAGAUCGUUAUUUAACAACGUAGAAAUAUAAUCUGGCAAGGCAGAGAAUCAGCAACACUGUUCUCCUAUCCUUUUUCACUGCCAUUAUAACAUGGACCUCACUAUAACUGCGUGAAUGAAGAAAGGCUGUUUUACAAACUUACCGGCUAGAACAGUGUGCAUUUCUUUUAUUCCAUUACUCUCAAAUUUUCUAUAGAGAAAAAUUCAUUUAAUGAAUGGUUAUCAAUCAUCAUAUUGUUGGUUAUGUAUUCUAUGGCUAUGCUAUUGUAAACAAACUAUCAGCGCAUGCGCAGAGAAACAAGCAGACUACAAUAAUCGACCAAUGAGAGCUCAGAUAGUUGGAACUGUACCAGGCCGGACAAUUUACCACGCUUCGACAGUGGGGCAGGAAUUUGGAACUGGUUUCUGGUACAGAAUCUGUCAAAACUCUGGAACGCGGAACUUUUUACCUGGUACGAAAUUGUGAAUCGGACAAUUUACCACAUUCCAUGUACACAACGGGCCCAUUGUGUUAAUUAUCCAUAUUAAAGAGACUAAGAAAUUGUCAAAAACCACAGAUUCUAUUGAAAUUUAGAAAGACCGGUUUCGGUUGUUACACCAUUGUUAAUCUCUGACUCUCUAGUUUAGGGAGAUCAGAGAUUGACGAUUGUGUAACAACCGAAACCGGUCUUUCUAAAUUUUAAUAAAAUCUGUGGUUUUUGACAAUUUCUUAGUCUUUCUAUUCAAUAAAAAUAAUUGCCAGGCAUUUUAUUAUUUUUGUUACACCUUUAAAUUGAGUUGAAUUGAAAUCCUGUACAGAUUCAUAAUAACAGUGUCAAUAUUCAUCAAGACAAACAUACCAUAAAAAACAAUAAUUGAAAACAGUCAUAAAACAUCAGACAGCUAGAUCUGUAAACUCUUGAAAUCUGUUGCAUUAUUUAUAUUAUCAAGAUGGUGUUGUAAGCAAAGACUGGGCACAUAUUGAGACACUUAUGACAGGUGUAAGGCCAACUGCUAAUUUUGUUUUAAUGGGGGAAUCGUUGAUUGUUUAUAAAGGUGCGUACAGACCUAUGUGCCACGAACACGCGUAUUCCACUUCUCAUCAGCUAAUGCUUUUCUAAUGCUAUCUGUAUUUGUACAUAAACAGUAAGAUACAGAAUAAGCUGAACAUCAGCUGAUAGAGAGUGUGAAAGUCUGUAUGCCCCUUUUCAAUUCACUCUUCUAAACUAUUAAAUUUAUACUUUCUUGUUUUCAAAAAUGAUCACUUCUAUUUGAAAAUCAACUAUAAUUAAAUUGAUUUGUGCAAUCAUUGGGGAUCGAUCUACUAAUUUUGAUUACCAUUUCAUUGUAUUUUAUGUUUUCAUUCUUUGUUUGGUGCAUUAGCUUUAAAAAUAUCCCGAAGGCAAUAUUAACAACAUACUAAGCGCAUAAACAAAAGUGUCAUUCUAAUUGAGUAAUCAUUUUUGUUCAUUAAUGUUUCAAGGCAAUAUUAGCUGUUUAUGAUUGUGGCAAUAUUCACUUAUUAAUACAGUCAGCAUUCCAAAAAAUAUCAUCUGACAGUUUUAGGAAGUGAAUCUUAUUUUUUGCGACGAAAUAAAUCGAGGAAAUAGAUUUUUGGAGAUGAUUGUUUCUGGGUAAAAAUAAGAAUACUAGUCUCAUAGUCGGCUCAGAUGAUUAAUGAUGAUUUAAAAUAAUAUUAAUUCCAUCAUUUUAUAAUCGUUCACUAUUUAUUAUGUUCAGUUGGUUGCAAUACUACUCUAUAUUUUGUUUAAUUUUGUUAAAACUUGCUUGUUUUCAAUAAUAAAUUAUUCUACAUUUUAUAGAAAAGUUUCUGAACAAAAAGAAACAAGAAGGUGUAGACUUUUUAUUCAUUGUAUUAAUGUUAUUAAUUGAUAAUUUAUCUUAAAAUCUCAUGUAAUAAAUUAAACUAAAAAAUUUAAUUUAAUAAAUUAAAUUAAUAAAAAUCAACGUUGUAAAUAAUAUGAGAGAAAGUCUCACAUUAAAUAAUUAUAAUCUCAACUGCAUACUUAAAACUCCAAACUGCCAUGUUUUUAUGGCAAAUUGGAGUGAAUCUAAUUUAACAGCUUUUAACUGACGAACAGUGAAAGUUCUCCUAAUUUUUUUAUCAAUAUUUUAACGGUUAGUGACGAAGUUUAUUAAUUGAAAUGAAUAAAAUGCUAGUAUUAAAUACAAUAAAAAUUCACGACUCAUCUAGAUUAAUGAGUAUUGUUUUUGUAUUUUUUCAAGCUUUAUUAAUAAAGGCUUUACCAGAGUUAAA